AUGGACGCAGGCAAGGAGUACCAGGCUAAUCUCAUGAACAUGUGUGCCUCUGGCAACCAUGACUACACCAAGAAGUACGGCAUCUGCGGUAUCAUCUGUGCCAUCGUCCUAUUCCCUUGCGGUCUCAUCUGUCUCUUGUACGUAUUAAUACCUCUACAGGUCUCCACAUGUGAUUCGUAG